AUGGCGGCAGCAGUCGGCUCAUCUUCUACGGACGUACAUACUCUUCACUACAGGGAAAAGGAACUUUCUCGGAUGCAAAGUUUGGAAGAUGCCUCUCAAGAUGGUGAUCCGCGCGCAAUGUGUCAAUUGGCGGGCCUUCUCAUGGAUGGGACAGACAACAUAGACUCUGACCCACAAAGAGCUAUUGAGUUGUACGAAAAGGCCAUCAAGCAAGGAUCUCUUGAAGCUCAAUACAGCCUUGCUUGUGUACUGGAGGAAGGGCUUCCUGGCGUAAAUCGAGAUAUUCCCCGUGCGGUCGGGCUGUACGAAAACGGCAUUAAGGCCGAGGACAUGCAUGCCAUGCACGGGCUCGCCCUUCUGCUCGAAGACGGAGAUGACGGGAUAGAAGCUGACCCACAACGGGCCGUACAACUACUUGAGGCUGCACAUGACCGAGGUCACCCAGACGCUGUGUUCACCUUAGCUGCAAUUUUGAAACGAGGGGCGGAUAGAGUCGAAAAAGACAUGAAUAAGGUCAUCGCAAUCCUCGAAAGCGCAGCUCAAGCAGGAAGUUCAGCAGCUAUGAAUGAACUAGGCACAAUCUACGAAAUCGGAGACGAAGAUGAAGAAAUCGAGCCUGAUCCGCCGCGAGCUGUUGAAAUGUACGAGCGUGCGGUGGACGCCGGUAAUUCCACAGCCAUGUGCAACCUUGGUCGCCUGUUGCGAGAUGGAGCUCCUGGAGUCCCAAUGGACACCGUCGCAGCAGUGUCGCUCUAUGAAACGGCAAUAGGACGUGGGGAAAAUGAAGCGCUUGGUACGCUGGCCACGAUGAUGCAGGACGGGGUCGGUGAUCUGCCAGCAAAUCCCGUGAGAGCUGUCGAGUUGUACGAACAAGCUAUUGCGCGUGGUGUGAACGAAUCUUUACAUGAUUUGGCGUGUCUAUUAGAAGAAGGGCGGGACGACGAGUUGCCAGCGGACGCGCCACGCGCUGUAAAACUGUACGAACGUUCGAUUCAGAUGGGAGAUACGUACUCUGUGUAUCGAUUAGCCAUCUUAUACCUCAAAGGAGCGCCAGGUGUGCCCAAGAAUCAUGAGCGUGCCGCAGACCUGUUCGAAGAAGCAAUCGUGGCCCAACAUGGAGCAGCUAUGUAUGACUAUGGAUGCCUUUUGGAACAGGGAACGGAUGUCAUUAAGGCAGAUAUGAGCAAAGCUAUAGAUUUGUACAGGCAAGCUGCGGAGCAAAGGCACCCGAGCUCGUUAUUGAGAUGGGCACGCAUUAAGCUAAUGGGGGAACAUGGAGUCGAAGCGGAUCGUGAAGAGGCGCUUGAGUUGUACAAUUUUGCCGUGGAGAUGAAUUCAACAGAUGCGAUGUGCAAACUAGGAGACUUAUUCCUAUCCGGUGAGGGUGGAGUAGAAAAGGACCCGGGGCAGGCGCACCUGCUGUUCGAGCAAGCGAUUGAGCUUGGUGAUAUUGACGCAUACAACCGGCUGGGUAUGCUUUUGGAGAAAGGCGUGGCGGGUGUGCCUGCUGACGCUCCACGGGCGUGCUGGCUUUACGAACAAGCAGUGGACAUGGGCAAUGAAGAGGCUCUGUAUCUUCUCGCCGAGCUCCUCGAAAAGGGGGCAGAGGGAGUUGAAAAGGAUCCUACGAGGGCGCAACAGCUGCGGGAGGAUGCGGAGAUGAGAGCAUAGUAAUUUUUUUUGCCACCUGCGAGAGACACGAAUAAACAAUGAGGAUUUGCAGCUUCUCUGUAGAUUGUUGUCGUGGUUGAAGUGGGGCGAGAGUUUUUGUGGUGAUGAAGGUCAAACUUGUGGCUGUUGUUGCUUGGAAUACACAGAAAAACAAUGAGAUCGAGUUGCAUCAGACAUGUACUGUUAUCGCAGCCGCGUCUCCCAUGUUGGAGGGGGCUACAAGAUGCUGGUGGAAUCCCUACUCUACGAAGUCGUGAAUGAGCACGCUGUGCUCCGGGCGACGCAGUCGUCCCGUCUCUCUCUCUGUGUACUUCGAUGCUCUCCUUCGCUUAGCUACCUACAGUCUGCUUGCUUAUGUAGUGUCACCGCGUUGCUCGCUACCCGCUAGUGUUGCUCACAUCUCUAACCGUUACUGACAGUACUUGCUUGCUGAACUAAAAGCUAACGGUCGCUUAAUGCUAA